AUGGUUGUCGACGCUGACAUAGCUACGUUCCCGCCAGGUGUCCUCCUCCCCAAUGCAGCACUGACACUUCAAAGAAACUUUGGAGAGAACAAGGGGUACCCACAAGAGUAUCCUCAGCCGCCGGACUUUCCACCUCCACCUCCACGGCCAGGGUUCCCAAAUCCAUCUCCUCCGCCACAGGAAUAUGGAUAUCAGGGUUACUUCUAUGAAGGGUACCAACCCCCACCAUCAGCUGCCCCACCUCCCCUCCACCCAUACCACCACUACCACCAAGAUGACUAUGCCUGCGAUUCUCUCUUUAGAAGCUGUUUGGCUGCACUUUGCUGCUGCUGCUUGUUGGAGCGCUGCUGCUUCUAG